ACUGUCAGUUACUUACCUUCCUUACCAUACCAUCAUCACUCACUAGUACCUAUUCGUUUUCAUUUCAUCAGUUUUGUGAAAGUAUUAUCAAUUAAAAUAUAAUAAAAAUGGCAUAUUUAACUCAACCAGAUUAUGUUAAAUAUGUUUGUUCUUGUGGUCAGCUCAAACCAAUCACCAAUUUGUACUUCUGCCGUCAUUGUUUGAAGAUACGCUGUGGAUUUUGCAUAUGUCAUGAGGUUGAUUCCCACUACUGCGCCAAUUGCCUGGAGAACAUGCCGUCGUCGGAAGCCCGGCUGAAGAAGAACCGCUGCAGCAGCUGUUUCGACUGCCCGAGCUGCUUCCACACGCUGUCCACUAGAGCCACUCUCGCUCAGCCUCGGCAACCUCCACAGGAGUCAUCAUCAGGGGAUGCCAAAGUGGAGAACAAACAGCCCAAAAAGAUGUACUACCUGUCCUGCUUCAACUGCCGGUGGACCUCCCGAGAUGUGGGGAUUCCCGACCAGCCUGUUGCAUCAGGUGGCUGGCCGGAACGCACGAAUCCGCACGCGACCCGCAUCAAUCAGCUGCUGGACUACUACAAGGCGAUCGCGCAGCAAGAGAAGCAGGAGAAGUUGGAGAAGGAGAGGAAGAAGUUCGCUAUACGUGGGAAAUAUAUCACUUUGACUGACAAAACAGGUCUGACGGGCGCAAUGGCCCGCAACAUAGCGGGGCUGCCGCAAAGCGAGGCGGCGGCGUCCUCCGCCCUCGCCAGCUUUGUGCCAAGCCAGGCCGCCGACGUCGGCGACGAGCUGCCCGAAGAUAUAUUCACAAAGGAAGUAAAUCUUAAACAGAUAACCAGCAUGCCGCAGCGGCUGGCGUCGCCGGAGUGGCAGCCGGCGGCGGUGUCGCGGCUGGCGCCGCUCGCCAAGCUGCUCAGCGUGAAGCGCAGCCAGCGCUGCCGCGCCUGCGACCACAACCUCACCAAGCCCGAGUACAAUCCCGGGUCUAUCAAGUUCAAGAUCGAGUUGCUCGCUUACUACCACGUGCCCGAAGUGAAGAUAAUAUCGUUCGAGACCGUAAAACCUGGUGAGAAAUCAGCUCUACUUCUCAAGCUGACCAAUCCUACUGGACACGAGAUGCAACUGCAACUGAUGCAGCCCGAGGACUUGCCGCAGGUGGAAGAAACCGAAGAGCCCAAGAGCAUUGAGAAGUCUUUGGAGAAGUCUCUCAAUUUGGAGAAGGACACAUCGUCAUACUUGUCGCUGUGUCGGGCUUUGGCGCCGGCGCCGGCGCUGAGCUGCCGCGUGCCGGCGCCGGCGCGCGCGCUGACGCUGUCGCAGCGCGACGACGCGGCCGAGUACGACGACGACGCGCACCACGACACUGACGACAUAAUCCUCUGGCGGAAGUCCAACAAGCUAGCCCUCCGACUAGAAGUAGUGACGGAGCCCACAGCGUCCCCCGGGAGCCCGGCGCGCGCGACGCUGAGUCUGCAGUACUCCUACAGGAACACCGUCCCGCCCGCCGCCGCCCAGCCUCAGGACCACACGCUCUACACCACUGUCAUACUCGACUUGGGUACUGUCAGUGGGUAGACAAGAAAAUAUUUCUCUUAAGGCUCAAAAACUCCACAAAUGUUAUACUUUAAGAAAUAACAAUUUCUUUUUCGUAUAGAAAAAUAUACAUUUAUUUCAAUCAGCAGUGUCGCUGUCAGCCACUCGAUUCCCUGUCAUGGCUAGCAGUGUCUUCACUUUCUGCUAAGAGCACUUUGCAAGUAUCCUUUCACUUCAAGCUCAAAAAUAUUAAAUAUCAAAAAUUCCUCUUUUCAUACCCAUAAUUUUAUAAAAAAACGCUAGCAAAAGUAAAUUGAUGGAUGAAGAAAAUUGACAGGCGUUAAAUUUGUGAUAUUUAGGCAAAUGCAUUAUUAUGACAUAUUUUUUUAUAACAUGUGCCUAAAAUAUAGUCAUGCAUAAGUUUGAUAUUCCAUUAUGAGAUAGUAUGACUUGAAGUCAGAAAUUAGUUGAUGAAUUUAUUUAUUUUAGUCCUAACUUAGCAGUAAGUUAAAACUUAGGUUUUAUGUAUUAAAUGAGUUCUCAUUUGGUUGGAUAUUAUUUAACUUUGAAAUAAAAACUAUAUAAAACACCUUUUAUUUGUAAAAUAUUACUUUCGAAUAUUAAUAAAUGCUUCAGUUUUCAUUAACUGAAAUUGUGCAAUGAUUUAGCUGUCUUAACCUUGUCUAAUUUGUAAGAUUAGUGCUUUUGCAUUUUUAUAUUAUUUGUGUAACAGUGUAACAAUUGAAAGAAAAUAUAUUCACAGCUUUUA